AUGAUUAAUGAUGAUAAUACAGCUUUACGUAUGAAAAAUGUUGCUACCAAUAUUUUCACAAAUAUUCUUAUGAUGUUUACAAAUUACAACAUAUUAUUCAUCAAAGGAUAUAGUGUUAAUUAUUAUAUUGAUCGUUAUUCACAAGAAAUAAAUCAAUGUCAUGUUUAUUCACCUCCGUUCACUAUGGAAUAUAUGUGUAAUGUUGCGAACAAUUUUGUUGGUGGUUUAUUUAUGAGUGUUCGUCAAUUGCAAUUAUAUGAUUUCCUUGUUCCAUUCGAACACGAUUUCUUUGCUCGAAUUUCUCGAGCUUUUCCAUUACUCAAUAUAUUGAACGUAGUCAGUCUUCAUGGACAAAAGAAGAAGUUGACACAUCAACAAAAUAAACAUAAACAAAUAUCUUUAAUUAUUGAAUAUCCUCAUCUUAUGUAUCUCAGUCUUAAUUGUGUAUAUGUUGACUAUAUCAAACAAUUUCUUUUUGAAUCAAAUGCAUAUCUACCAUAUCGGAACAAAUUAUCCGUUCAAUAUCAAGAUUUAAUCGAUGCGAUAGAGAAUUUUACAAAUAAUGCUGAGAAAGGCAAUUGUGCAAAAUUGAAAUACAUUAUUCUUUUUUCAAAACCAUCAAUGUAUCCAGAAAAUUUUCAUGAUUAUUUUCCAUCAUUGGUUAAUAAAUUGUUAUUUUAA